AUGGAUGCUCUCAUAUGGAAUAUUAGAUCAGUUAACACUCAGCAAGCAUUUGAGAUGCUGAUCAAAUCACAUAGAAAGAAGCACUAUGAAUUCAUUGGUUUAAUGGAGCCUAUGCAACAAGCAAGAACUUUGGAAAGGUAUAGAAACAGAAUAGGCUUUGCUCAGGCGAUUUCUAAUGUAUCAAAUAAGAUCUGGGCUUUCAUAGAUGAAGUAUAUGAGGUUACAGUUAUGUAUAACUUGGUGCAGCAGUUAACUCUAAGGCUAUAUCACUCUGAGACUCAUGUGGAAUUUGUUCUAACUCUGGUAUAUGCUAAGUGUGAUGCUAUUGAAAGGACUGAACUGUGGGAUUCAUUGUAUUAUAUGGCAUCAGAUAUGACUAUUCCAUGGUUGGUAAGAGGUGAUUUCAAUGUUAUAUGGGAUGAGGAGGAAAAAUUUGGAGGUCUUCCAGGCAGAGGAGGAUUGUAUUUUCAAAAGGCUAGACAGAUGUGUGGCCAAUCAGAAUUUCAGCAGAUUUUUCCAGGUAUUGAAGUUCAACAUUUGGCAAAGAUAGGGUCUGAUCAUAGCCCUAUGCAACUUAGAUAUGAUAUAAAGAAUCCCCCAGUCAAGAAACCCUUCAGGUUUCUGAAUUUUUGGCUGGAACAUGCUUCAUUCAAAGAGGUAGUAAAGCAGAACUGGAAUGCUGACUUCAGUGCAAACCAAUAUGUUCUGUUCAAUCAUAAGCUGAAGAAGGUCAAGAAGGCUCUAUCUGGAUGGGGUAAAUCAACAUAUGGGGACAUAUUUCAAAAAAUAGCUAGUUUUGAGGAGGUUGUAAUUGUGCAUGAAGCAGAGUUUGAAGUUAACCCUACAAAACAAAACAGACAAAGGUUGCAGAAGGUACAGACUGAAUUGAUCAGAUAUCUAGCAUUGGAAGAAAAAUACUGGAAACAAAAAUCUGGAAUGUCUUGGUUUAAAGAUGGUGACAGGAAUAUAAAUUUUUCCAUGCGCAAGUUAGAGGUAGAAGAAAGAAGCUGCAACUGUCCAGAAUUCAGAACAGUCAGG